AUGCCUACGAGGGAUGAAGUCGCUUCCGACUUUGAAGGGUCUUCAACUUCAGACAGCCCGCUGGUCAUUAUGCUGGAAGGAUCAGGUUUUCUGGCAGUACCUUUGACAACUCCAGCGCCACUGAGAACGACGCAGUUCACGCCCUUGGUGCCGGUGCUGGGAGAGCAAACCGACUUGAGUCCCAGCACCCAAACUGACACACAUGACCAGGUCGGAGUUAAGCCAAGCCCCAUGCCUGGCCCAUCUCCUGGCCACGGCGGCCACGGCGGCCAUGGCGGUCACGGCGGCCACGGCGGUCACAGUGGGCAAGGUGGCCACAGCGGCAACGGCGGCAGUGCCAGUGAUGGAGGACAGCCUGGGCAAGAGGAGCAAGAGGCUCAGGAUCCAUUUUGGCACAGCGAUGAACCACUAUGGAGCGUUGAAGGUUUGGGACAGUGUCAGGUUGAGGGCCCUUGUCUUUCGAGCCCAAAUUUUCCACACAAUUACAACACAUCGGAGAGAUGCGAUGUGUCUCUACCGCACUUUUCUGUGAUCAGAGUUACAAACUUUUCCACCGAGCGGCGGUAUGACCGUUUGACCAUCAACGGCUUCGAUUAUAGCGGCUCGGGAUUGGGCUUGACAGGCACCUCACUGGUUUUGCGGUCCAAUAUCUCCUGGCAGUCAGAUUUUUCUGAACAGAAAACUGGGUGGCGUAUUUGUGUGGAAAAACCAGUUGCUUGUACUGAUGGCCUUGACUUCGUUCCUGUGAGCAUUCCCGAUUGCCCUUCCGCUGCAGACCCUUUGCCAGAUUGCCGCACGGCAGAACCCGGCCAACUAUGUGAAGGUGAUGGGACAUGUGGCACAAGAGAAGAUAUCAACAAUUGCUACCACCCAUUUCACACCUACCAACCCACACGAGAUGUCUACCGAAAGAGAAGCGGAACAACUACAACGGUGACUCGCAGCACAAGGACGACAACAACACUGUCCACAUUGACUACUUUAACGCUGACUAAAACAACUACCACCUCCACAACCACACCGCUUGUUUUCAGAACAACCAGUGGCGGUGGCAGGAAAUGGACACUGGCAGGGCCUUGUCAAGUCAAGGGUGGCUGUUUGGAGAGUCCAAACUAUCCAAGCUCCUAUGGAUCAAAUGAAUCUUGUGCCGCUUCCCUGCCUGCAUUUUCAGUGAUCACGAUCGAUGAUUUUCACACUGAGAAAUAUUUUGACUAUUUGAGCAUCAACGGCUACAGGUACAGUGGAUUUGGUUCGAAGAUUUUGAAGGGCACUUCAACUGCGUUGUGGUCGAAUAUCUCUUGGAGCUCCGAUGGGUGGAACGCCGGAAACCAGACGCAUGGUCAGCUACGUUGGCGUAUUUGUGUAGAACAACCAGUUGCUUGUACUGAUGGUCUUGACUUGAUUCCUGUGAGCAUUCCUGAUUGCCCUUCAGCUGCAGACCCCUUGCCAGAUUGCCGCACGGCAGAACCCGGCCAACUAUGUGAAGGUGAUGGGACAUGUGGCACAAGAGAAGAUAUCAACAAUUGCUACGACCCAUUUCACACCUACCCACCCACACGAGAUGUCUACCGUAAGAGUAACGGUACAACCAGGACAUCGACUUCAUCAACGACUUGGACAUUGACAAGUACGUCGUCAACAACAGCUACAAAAACAAUCAGUACUACUUCGGCAACAACUUCAACAACGUCGACAUCAACAAUGCCUUGGAAGACCAGCGGGCUGGUGAGUUACACUGGGCUAUGUACUGUGAAGGACAACUGCGUUCAGCAGGAUGAGAGCAACCCUACUGUCAACCAACACUGCGCAAUAUCUUUUCCAAACGCCUCUUUUGUGACAGUAACCAAAGAAGGAGACAAUUAUUAUACAGAAAGCUUGCUGAUUGAUGGCACGGUGAGAAGUGAGGACAUGGACGCCGAGACUAUUCUUGUCCAUCGAGAUAUUGUGUACAAGGAGAACGGAAGACGACGUUCCUACUCGAACUCGUAUCACCGAAGGCGGGAGUAUCACCGAAGACGUAGAUCUCAGGGUCAGAAGCAAAGGUGGAUGGUGUGUCUCGUUGACAUCGGUUGUGCGGAUGGUUUGCGACUAACACCUUCAAUUACAUGUCCAUUUCCGCAAGAGCUGGCUGCACUCCCAAGGUGUCAAGGCUCUGGAGCAGGAGAAUUGUGCAUAGCCAAUAAGGGCGAGUGUUCUGUACCAAAAAAUUUGGAGAAUUGUCAAGGCUGGUAUGGAACCCGAUUCAGCGUCUAUCAAAAAGAAACUGGGACAACUCGCACAAGCACAACCUAUACCCGCACAAGCGCAGUUGUUGUUGUUGCAAGAGAGCCCGAGGCUGAGGCAUUUCAUUUAGAAGGGACUACAAUUGCAGCGCUAGUGGUAGCAGCCCUCUUACUUGGAGGGAUCGCAUUGGCAAUUAUUGUUCGGGAAUCCAAGAAGGCAACUUCACCCGAUGGUGGCCCUUCAACAAUUUGA